GUCUGAAGGCAUUCACCAAUGUGUCAGCUGAGGAGGAGAACAGCUGAGCGAACAACCUCCACUCUCAGAUGUUAUAAUAUUCUGCCGCGCUCCAGAAGUUUGCUGAAGUUCAGACAGCAUGGCUUCAGGACCGGAGGGAGACGAUGGAGGCAUUCCCCUGGACAUUGACGAUGUCCACAUGCUCCUCCAAGUGGAGCAUGAACAGAUCCAGAAAAGGACAUUUACCAACUGGAUAAACGCUCAGCUUGCCAAGAGAUGUUCACCUUCCUACGUGUCGGACUUAUUUUCGGACCUCAGCGAUGGUUCACGGCUUCUGGACCUGUUGGAAGUGAUGAGCGGUCAGUCGAUGAAAAGACAAAGAGGUCGAGGAGUUUUCCAGCAGAGGGCCAACGUUGAGGCGGCUCUGGACUUUCUCAAGAAAAAAUCUAUCAAGCUGGUGAACAUAAACAUCCCAGACAUCAUAGACGGACGUCCAUCCAUCAUCCUUGGCCUUGUAUGGACCAUCAUCCUCCGCUGUCACAUUGAGGAGUUGGCCAGUGCGUUAUCCUUUAGCUCCCGUCAUUCCUCCCUGGACUCUGUGUCGAGCCUGGACUCCUGGUCCGGCAGCCCGGUCCCGGCCAGUCCGGUCCCUGCUGGGCGGAUAUCACCUCUGCACAGGCGCUUCCGUGUUUCUGCCAAAAAGGCCCUGCUCAUGUGGGUCAGAGACCAAUGCAAAAAGGUUCACUGCGCUGUCAAUGUGAAAGACUUUAAGUCCAGCUGGAGAAGUGGGGAGGCCUUCCUGGCUAUCCUCUGCUCGCUCCGACCAGAACUGGUGGAUCUUUCACGGGUCCAGACCCGAAGCAACCAGGAGAACCUGGAGGAAGCGUUUCACCUGGCUGAGAGGGAACUCCACAUUCCUCGCCUCCUGGAGCCCCAAGAUGUUGACGUUAAAGAUCCGGAUGAGAAGUCCAUUAUGACGUAUGUGGCCCAGUUUCUGCAGUACUCCAAUGAUCUGCCAUCGCCUGAUGAUCAUCUGCAGCUGUUUCCUUUGGAGCAGCCUUCAGUUUUCUACCCUGAGAAUUUGCAUGCUCACUUCGCUCCAGCAGCUGCUAUUUCACCAUUACACCCGGUGUCACCAAGCGAGCGAGCGCAGGAUGUGACUCGUUGGCUGCAGCAGGCCUGUAAGGAGCUUUCAGAAACAUGGACAGCUACAGAGUUAUCAAAUUAUGCACAAAAAUAUCAGGUAUACGAGAGCUUCACUGCUUCCUUUGCUGAGCAGAGACGAUCAGUUAUGAAGCUCCUUGCAGCAGCAAGACGCCGCUCCGAACUAAAUCAAGAACAGCAAGCUCUGAGGACAGCAUGGGAUCGGCUGGAGGAAGAGCUGUGGCGGUGUGAAGCAGAUCUGGAGCGGAGUCUUCCUCCUCCUCUGGACUCAGUCGUGUUGUGGCUGCAGAGAGGAGAGGCGGCGCUGAAAGACGACGGCGAAAUGACAAAAGGUCAUGCAGAGGCCGCCAAACAUGCACGAGCAAAACAAGACCAACUAAAGACAUUAAUCAAGGAGAUGAAUCAUUAUGUGACGCUCACUGACUCAUUCCACAAUGUUGAUGAUUCAGGGAGUAUGACAGUGCCUUCAGAAAAGCUGGACGACAUAAAAAACCGUUUGACUGGCAUCCGAGUCACCACAAAAUACGAAAUAAUAAAGCUGGAAUACAAGGAAUCUCAUCACACGGUCCUGGAUCUUCUGGGAGUCGUCAAGUCAAAGGUCCAGUCCUGGAGAACUCCGUACGGAUCUCAGCAGUCCGUUCAGGUUCUUCUGCUUGACUGGCAUGAAACAGUGGACCACCAAGGGUUGCUCUUGAUUCUGACUGAUGCUCUGCAAAGCCUGAAGGGCAAGAUGGACGUUUACACCAGCAAAGCUUCUCUAGGUGGAGAUUUGCAGAGUGUCACUCGUCAAGUGAAGGAAGCAGAAAGCGAAUCAGAGCUGGUCAAACAGAUGACAGCGGCUGCUAAAGAAAUGAUGGAGAGAGUGGCGUUUGCAUGGGACGUGUACAACAAGAACCUCACUUCUCUUGAGACAUGGCUGGUGCAAUCUUCAGCUGCAGAGACACGGGAUAUGAGCGAAUGGAGUUCAUGUCAUGCUGGGUUGAAUGAGGCGGGAAACUUCCUAAUUGAAAUAACAGAAGCUUCAAUCAGCUCCAGUUUGGUGGAGCAACUCAGCAAAGUCAACUUGCAGUGGGCCGAACGCAUGAAGAAGACUGUGUUUGAAAUACAGUCAGAACCUAAAGUUGGUUCCUCUUCUGUUCUGAUGUUGGAUUCACUAACACAGGAGGCAGGUUUGCUCCUGAGACAGCCUCUGGAGGUAGCUUCAGUCCCUCUGAAGGCUGUCAGACAAAAACUACAGUCCAUGAGAACAAAGAUCGGAGAGGUGGAUGCAUCAUCCAACAUCCCUUCUGCAGACCUUCAAAAGGGCCAAAGAGAAAACCUUCAGCAAACUCUCCUAAAGCAGCUUGUUGAGGCAGAAAGGUGCUGUGGGGCUCUGCAGAGAGCAGCGUCCCAACUCGAGGGGCGUGUGGCUGAACUCGAUCACUGGAGCAGCGAAGCUCUGGACUGUUAUGAUCAGCUGAUGGAAAGGAAACACAGAGGAGGACAGUCUGCUGCCAAAGGGUUGAUCUCUCGAGGGUUGCAGCUAGCGCAGCAAGUGGUUGCAGAGUCACAGCAUCUGGAAGCUUUUGUUGCAGAACAGAAAACUUCUCCUUUGCAGACUUUCAGUACCGCUGACACGCAGGACAGGAUUGCAGCCGCAAUCUCUCAAAGCCAGGAGAUACUUGAAAAGUUUAGUUCCUGUGGUUUCAAGCAGCAAGUUGGAGACUUCUGUGAACGGAUGCAACCAGUUGAAACUCUCCAUCCAGACACUGGAUCACACGUUCUGGCCAGAACCAAACAGAUUGUAGAUGUUAAACUGCAAACUCCAGAACUGAUUCAGCUUCCUGAUCAAGACAGGAAGGGCUGUGCGUCCCAUAUAAAAAUGAAAACAAUCCCUCAACCUGUGAUGGUUCCAGUCCUGCAGAGUCAAACCGAGAGUCCUGCAGCAGCAUCGACAGAGAUCAAGUCCAGAACAGCGUCGCAACCAAACACCACACAGGGACCAACACACACACAGCCGCCGCUCAUGAUCCACAGUGAGGUUCAUUGCAAAGCCCAGUCCAUGGCCAGGAGCCGACUGGAGAAGGCCAGGCUUCGUCUGCAGGGACGCAUCCAGCAAGCCAUGAAGUUAUUCAGUGGCAGAGAGAUGACUGAGUCACAAAUCAAGAAAAAACAGAAAGCUCUAAACACUCUUCAGCCUGCCAUGCUCGAUGAGUUCCUGGGUGCAGCUGAAGCUUUCGGGGCCUUCUGUUCGGGGCCUCAGCUCCAGGACUUGUUGCUUCUCUCUGAGUCGGUCCGAAAUCAGUGGGAGGAUGUGCGCAGAGAAAUGGCUGACUUUAUUUCCAUCCAGGCGUCUAAAAUCAGAGAAGUAAAGCAGCCAUUUACUGCUUGUGACAUUUUUACUAAUGCUCUGCAUGACGCUGCUGACCAGACUGACCACAGUUACUUGCAACAGAACCGUAAGGAGGUCUCCCAGGAGGCUGCAUCUGUCGAGGAACGCUUUGGAUCUCUCAGAGAACUGUGUGAGAUUUUGACAGUGGAGAAAUCCUCCGGCUCGGCAACAGACCAGCAGACAGAGCCUGGAAAAGUGCAGAAAACUCAAAUUAAGAGCAGGGGACAGCAGCCUGCGGUAAACCCCCCGCUGAGUCCGGCCGACAAUCAGCCAGGCUGCAGUCUCCUGCCGGAGCGCGGCCUGGACGGAGCGCAACAAGACAUUUCGCCCUCAGGAAAGGCAGCGCACGCUCAAAGAGCCGAUGACGCCCUGCGGCUGCGAGUCUGGGACGUCCCGCCAGGGAACAAGGACCACCUGAGGCAGAACCAAGGAGACGGGCGGGAGAAGAAGCAGAAGUCUUCACUUCGGGCUCAAGAGCAGCUGCUGCGAGCUCAUCUGCUGCACAUCACAGGGAGCGGUCAGCAGGCUCGGAGUCAUGUACAGGCUGUUGUUAGGAGCAACACUGUGGAGAGCAAACAGGAGGCAGAAUGGACCGUCAUCCCAGAACCAGAUGUGCCACCUCAGCUGGAGCGGACCACCAAACAGGACGCAACAGGAAGAAUGGUUCCCCUGAAAAGUACCUCCGACCCGAUGGAGUCUGCAGACGAUCAGACGACAAUAAUCACUGAAAAGCUAAACCAGAUCAUCAGGCAGCCUUUGGACGUCUCCUCUCUGGCGUUGGAUGAAUCCUCACUGUUUCCUGACCUGAAGGAGAUGGAUGAAACGCUGAAGGAUGAGAUGAGGAGGCUUUCAGAGGAGGAACGGCGAGGGCCUGGAGCCACAUCGCAGCCAUUCCUGCGCCAGUCACUCCUCCUCGGUAACAUUCGUCAUCUGGAGCAGCUCAGACAGCAGCUGGACGGCGUUCAAUCCGCCGUGGAGACUUUGGAUCACUUCCUGGCCACCCUGAGAGACAUCAAGGCUGAGAGUCCAACACUGCUGGCAAACCGAGACCCCAACGAGCGUAAAAAUGAAACGGAGCUGCAAAAGGAGAGACAUUCUUGGCAGGCAACAGUGGAGAGGUUGAAGCCUGCUAUGGAGCAGUCCCAUAUUGUUGACUGUAGCUUAAAGGCAGCAGGGAUGACUCUGACCAUGGAUGGUGCUUCUGUGACAUGUCGGGAUGUGGCGGCCUUUCUGUCCCAUCAAAUGAGAGCCAAGAGGCGAGAGGAAGAGAAAGAACUAGAUAUUCUGGAAAAGAAUGGCGUCCAAAGCAGCCAGGACAUGGAGGAACUGAGAUUUGCUCCAAUUGUGACAGAAGAAGAGUCAAAACAGGAUGUAAAGAAGAGGAAGCGGGAACCAAAAAUUCUAAUAUUGAGAUCUGAAGAGGGUUUCUUGCAAAGAAGCCUGAGCAAUCACGCUGGGAAAGCUGGAAACGAGCAUAAGGGUUUGGUCCAGAGGAGGUCUGCCUUGUUAGCAGUGCUGAAAGAGACCAAAGCAGCAGCUGAGAGGUUGGAGCUGCUGGAGCCGACGCUGCCGGCCCUGCAGCAGAGGACGCGGGCUUUGACGGAGCUGGAGAGUUUUCUUGCCGGCCUUGAUUCUGAGGUUCAGUACGUUCAUGAUGCGUCUUCAAAAUCAGAUUUCCCCAAGGAGAAUCAGAGCAGAGAGGUGGAGGAUCUCUGGGAGGAGACAAGGAAAGCCACAUCAGAAAGGCUGGAGCAGGCUCAGGCCCUGACAGAACUGCUGAGGAGGUUUCAGAUCAUGCGAGGUGAGCUGAACGGCACGCUGCAGACGGCUGAGGCAACCAUAGGUGAACAAGCCUCCUACGUCAGAAAAGAUUUCCUUCAGAGGCUAUACGCUAAGGUUGGAGAGACGAAAGCAGAGCUGAAUGGUCUGGGAGACGACAUAGAGGAGGUCCGCAGCGUCUGCAGACAGCUGCAGUCUCUGCUGCGUCAGGUCCCGGGCUGCAGCGGUUCUCCGUUUGAGAACGAAGCCGAUGCGCUGAUGGACCGCUGGCUGGAUCUGUCUGAAAGAACGGAUUCCCACCUUGAAAACCUCCAUCUUUGCUUGACGUUAUGGGACGGAGUCCUGCAGCUGGGGGACGAGGUGGAGAGCUGGACCAACAGCAGAACCGCGGCGCUUUCUCAGGGUCCGUCUUUCCAGAGUGAGGACGACAUUAAGGCUCUGCAGAAUGAGAUUAUGACCCAGGAGGAGAGUACACAGCGUUUCCACAGAAAAGCUGCAGAGAUUCAGUCGCUGCUUCAAAGUGCAGAGCCCCCUCUGGAGCUGCAGGUUGUAGAGACCCAGAUGAGAAAGAAAAUAGAGCAACUGAAGGAGCUCUUUUUGGAAAGUGAGGAGGUGUAUAAGCAGACGGUGGCCACAACGGGACAAAUUACUGAAAGGAUGGCAGAGUCUCUCAGCUCCCUCCAGAAGAUUCAAGACUCCCUCUGCAGUUUUUCUGGUCCAGACGUUGCAACAGUCCUGGCGAAACUUAAGGAAUUAUGUCGGCGGCUCCACACCGAAGAUGAACGAGCGCAGAGUUUACUGGAGGAUGUGCAGGUUCUGGCCUCCAUCGCCGGCCCUGACAGCCUCCAGAGUCUGUCUGUCAGAGGGAUUGAGCUGGAGGAGAAGCUCAGAAACACACAUCAUCUUUUCUCCGAGGUGGAGGAACAGACCGAGAGGAAUGUCCACCACCUGGACAGGCUCCAAACGGAGAAAGAGCAACUGGAGAAGUGGCUUUGUGCAGCUGAGGAAGAUGCACUGAAGACGAAGAAUCUGAGUUUUCUGCAAGAAGAAGCACUUCAGCAAAGAGGGAGGACAGAGCGUAUUGCUGAGCUCGUAUCGUCUUUUAGAAGCAGUAACCUGCAGCAGUGUGUGCUGCUGCAGCAGAGCUGCGAUCUGCUGCAGCGAUGUCACAACUUCUGCACAAACCUGGGAGGCGUUUCAGAGGAGGCGACGCCCAUGCCGAGUAACGAUUCAGAAGCAUUUCAGGGUUUGGUUGAAUCCAUUCAGUCAUGGUUUGAUGGUCUGAGACAGAGUGACGGUGGAGAAAUUGAAACUUCAGCAGAGCAAAGACUUUGUCAUGCUCAGGCUGUGUUAAAAGCUACAACUGGAGCGGAAACGCGUCUGGAGCAGCUCAGAGUUACUGGAGAGAGUCUGAGCCAAAGAUUGUCUCCGGAGCUGAAACGAGACGUUCAGCUGAAGAGCCAGAAAACACAACAAAACUGGAAGAACCUUUUGGAAUUGGUUCAGCCUUAUUUCAGGGUACUGGAAGAUGAUUUGGAGCUCUCCUCCACCUACCUGACCAGCAGGCAGGAGGCUUCCUGCAGAGUGGAAGAGCUGAAGCACCAAGCGGAGCAGCUUCCAUCUUUAUUCCCCUGGCCGGGCUCAGCUGAGCGAGCGCAGGCCUGCUUUCUCGCCCGGCAGCUGCGGGUUGAAUCUGAAUCCCUGAAAUUAACCUUAAUCAGUCUGAAUGAGAAGAGGAUGGAGCUGGCUGAGAAAACCAGGAACGCCAUCUGGAAAGAUUCCUCUUGGGAUGAGUUAGAAACCCGUUGGUCAGCACUUAUGGCAGAAGUGAAGGGUUUGUGCGCCCACCUGCAGAAAGGUUUGAGUAAUGAGGAACAGUUCGGCCAGCUGCUGCAGGCCUGCCACCAUCACUUGACAACCCUUCAACAGAGGAUGACGGCUUGCCAGACCCGAACAGAAAGCUCCGGUGGGCUGACCUCUGAUGCAGCAUCUCUAGAGGCUUUGCUGAAACAAGUAGCAGAAAUUGAAAAGGAGCUUUUAGUGCUUGUAACGCUCAGGGAUUCCCUCACAGCCAGCUGCACAGCAGAAGCCCAAGCCAGCCUUUCAGAGCAAAUCAGUAACCUCCACAACCACAAGAGGGCGAUAGAGCGUGCAAUCCCUCUGCAGGAAGAAGCCUCCCUUUUACAGGCAGAUCUAAGAGAUCUCGCCAAAAAUGUGGAGGAGCUGUCUGUGUUGCCAGAUGUCUUCCAGCUGACACAGCAGUGGCGUUUGGUACAGGGAUGGGAUAAAAAACUGACACAGCUGGAUAUCAGAGUUAAUGCCCUGCAGAGGACGAGGGAAACACAGGAAGUGCUUCCUGCAGAAGCCAUUUUUACUGUCAGUGCUGUUUGGAAAGAACUCCUCAGCCUGAGGUCAGUUUUUAACCAGAAAAAGGAAGAAUGCGUGGAAGUAACGGGUGAGACAGUGAGAGGCGUCAUCAGAGAUCUGCAGCUGUGGAUCCAAGUAGCAAAAGUUCAGACGUCAUCAUCAUCCAGUCAGGCGGUUCUGGAUGAAGGUUUAAAGCUUCAAAACAAACUUUACGACGUUCUUUCCCAGCAGAACAUUCUGGUAAAUUGUGUGGGUGAAGAAAUGACGAAAACGCUGGUGAAAAGCGCUUCAGAGGUUUUGAUGGAAAGUCGAGGCCUGGUUAAUCAAAUGCAAACAGAAUUGCCAAACGGAGGUAAUGAAGAAAAAACAGCUGGAGAUGUUUGUGAUCCCAACUCAGACAGACACCAAGAUGGCUGGGAAACGUUACACAUCCCAACCAAACUGCUCACUUUUCAAUCAGGAGUAUUGAAGAAUGAAACUGAUGCCACUAAACCGAAUCAAGAAAAUAUCCCUGUUAUUUGUACAACAGCUGUUUUAGACAAUAUUCCAGCCCUGUGUUCAGAAAGUCCAGAUGUUUUCGGUUCAAAGGAGCCUCCAUCUGCUUCAGGAGAAAUUAACCAUCAGAUUGCUGUUGAGUCAGCGGACAUGAUAGUUUCUGAAAAUAUUACAGGAACAAUCAUAUCCGCCUCACUGAACACUGAAGAAGCCUUAGUUUUAGAACCGUCUUAUUCAGACAAAAUCAACAAAAUCAAAUUACCGAUCAUCUCGUCCCCCAAGGAAUCGACUGAAGCAGCCAUUCCUGAGAUCAACAAUGUGUCCUGUCCUCUGCCGAUCCAUUCAGAUGGUCUUGAUGCCUUAAAAGAACAUUCUGAUGUCUCAACAAAAGUAUGUACAGUUGAACCGGAAAUGGAGAAUGAAAAAAGGGAAAAAGAGCUGAUUGAAAUCACAGAAAAAGCAACUAGAUUUUCCACAGAUUCAGUCCAGUCAGAGUCGGACCAAACACUCUUAAAAACCUGCAAAUCAGAGACUUUUAAUGCAGGUGCAAGAGAACAAGAGGAGCAUAAUAGGCAAGUCAGUGGAAGCCAAGAUAAAGUGUUCACUGUAGUUUUGGAGCUGCAGUCGUUUGACAUCCAGCAAAGUGGAUAUGUAGGAGAUCAACACUGUAAAACAAGUUCAAACGCAGGAUUUCUUGAGAAGAAACCAAGACUCAACCCUGAGUUAGACGGAAAACCUGCAGAGCAAAAAGGUUCAAGCAGGCAGUCAGAAAACAAAGAGACUCAACCAACCCAUGCAGUAAAGAACGAUGAAGCUCUGACUCUUUCUAAAUCUGACUCCAAAUGUGAGUUUGGCGUUGAAACAGGUGAAAAAUUCCCAGUCAGCACAUCUUGGGCGACUGCCUGUCAGUCUUUGGGAAAAACUGUGCCUCCUGCCCUGAGCUCUGCAGAGGAUUCGGUGCCAAAUCGAGAUGAAAAAGAAACCGAAAAACAAAUUGAUGCAGCUGACAAACAACUGACAGCUACCGACAGUGCAAUGAGCAGAGGUGGAGCAGGUGAGGGGGCGACGCGAGGAGGAGCUAACGACUCUGAAUGUACAGACGGGAAACUCUGUGCAAUACCCACUGGACAAGAUGGCACCUCACUGCUACGUGAAGGAAAGAAAUGGAAACAAAAUGGAGCACUGAAAGAAAUGCUGUUGCCACUGGGAAAGCUUCAAAGCCAAACAGUCAUGGAGUCGGAGCGGACCCCGCCGGGCUCAGCAUGCGGCCCCGGCGCUGAAGUGUUGACAGGUGGAUCACUGGGAAGCUACAAGUACAGCUCCGCCUUGCAGGACAGUUUAUCAGCGAUUCAGGCGUCGGUGGAGCAAAGUAACAUUUUACAGAAAAUGCCUCAUAUGGACCUGAGUUGGUACCUGACGUCCUCACCUGGUGAUGCAGACAUUCGAUUAGCACGGACAGUUCAGCGUGUUCUUGCUUGCCGAUAUCAACCUGCACGCCUCAAUGCUGCAGCUAUGGCUAAACAGCAGGAGGAAGCGCAGGAGUACAGGCGAUCCGUGCAGGAGCAAGUGGCUUCCAUUAAAAGCAACGUGACAACGGUUUCAGACCCAAAGGCUUCAGAAAGAGCGGAGGGAGAAUGGAGCUCAGCCCUGCUGGAUGCCUCUGCCACCGUUCAGGUCAAAGCAGCUCAGCUGGAUCUGGUCAAGCAGUAUCACCUGCAGAAGAACACCACCAGAGCUUUCCUUGAGGUCGUAGCAGCGGAGAAGGAUAAGAUGAGCUUAAGUGUUUUGGGAAGCAGUUCCCUUCAAGAGGAAAAACUGAAUGCAUUGCUGCAGACCAUGGAGCAGAAGAAGUCAAUGCUGGAAGAUUUGCUCUGCCUAAGCAGCCAGUUGUCAGUCCACCUGAGUGAUGCGGAGAGUUCAGGUGUUCUCGUUGCUCAGCUUGGUGAUAUCCAGGAGGAAUGGAGGCUUCUUAACGGAAGCAUCAAAAGAGCACAUCAACAGGCGUCAAAUUCUGCAUCUCAGUCGAAACUUGUUUUAAAAGAGGCUGCUGAGCUUAAAGUCAAACUUGAAGUUCUUUUAAAAUCUGAAAUUGACAACAUAAGUUGUUUAGACUUAGCUUGUCUGACCACAGAGCUAAAAGUGUGCAACCAGCUCCUCCUGCAUUUACAGUCCCAGGCCGGUGCCCUCAUCUGCUUUUCUCUGGGUCCGAAAGAAAAGGCUGCGAUUGAAGAAAAGAUUCAAGAUCUGAAAUCUUUGCUCCAUGUCACUAAAGAGAAGCUCAACUCUUUGCCAGAAAUCUGUGGAAGUGGAUCUACAAGUAAAAUCAACAAGCAGCUACAGGACAUGAUCAAUUUGACAAAACAAGCAGAAAAUCAUGUCUUUACUGGGAAAAAGUUGUCUGUUUUUCCUGAGCAGGCUCAUCUUCAGAUUGAUGAAUUGAGGAAAUUUCACAUGGAAAUGUUAUCUAGACGAAGCAAGAUAAAAAUGCAGGUUGGAGAGCUAAAGAGUAAAGCUACUGAAAUAGAAAAUCAGGAGUUAAUAAAGACUGUAGAGCUGUAUGAAACUGUUGCUGACAGGUUGGGUCGUGUUCUUGAAGCCAUGAAAAAGGGUCUUGAUGAAAGAGAGAAGGUUAUGUGCGAGUUUGGUAGGUUGGAUGACUGGGUAGCAGAAACGUACGUGAAAAGAGAGACUCGCAUCAAUGUUGAGAAUGUUUCCAAAGCUGACCUCAGUAAAUUGGAAAUGGAGCUAAAAAGUCAUCAAUUAGCAGCAGUGGAGCUGGAAACCCAACUCAGAUUAGUGGACGCACUUUCAGAAAGUUGCACAAAAUUAGCCGUUGAGCUGAGUCCCACUGAGAGCCGCUACCUUGGCAACAGGCUUUCAGGCCUUUCGGCAGAAUUAGACGGACUGCUAGCUCAUGAGAAAGCCACCUGCUGGGAAUUAAAGGAGCUAAUUCAUGAGAGAACAUCUUCCAAUGAGGAGUUAGCUACCAUUCAGGCUAACUUGGAGAAAACAUCUGCUGAUCUGGAGAAGCAGAAGUUCCCUUUCACCAAAGAGACGAUGUUAGUUAUUACACAGUUGGAGCACAAGCUAAUGGAGCAUCAGUGGGAAGUUCAAGAGCUACAGCAUUGCCAGGAGGACCAGAGAAACUCUGUGCUCUGCUCUAUUGGUGAACUACAGGACCAGUGCAAAGCUCUCAGAAUAAACACCGUGGAGCAAGAGAGAUAUGUUCACCACAGAGGACAAAUAGAGGAAUCCAUGGAGAUCGCCAAAACUCAACUCCAGGAGGCUAAAAACCAAUCGGUGAGCGCGGCUGAGAGGUUCAGAUUGAGUCAAACGCUGCUGGUCGAACUCGCGAUGGUCAACACCCAAUGCCAAGAGACAGCGGAUCAGCUGGAGGUGAUCACCCCUGAGUUAGAGCCGUCUGAGCUUAACGCAGAGAAGAAGAAGCUUCAUGACAUGGUGGAAAUGCUGCUCUGCUGGGAGCAAUCUGCCACGGAUCAAAUCAAAAAUCUGGAGGCCAAGCUUUUACCAGGUCUCCAGUUCAAGUUUGAGCUUCCGGCAUUGAUGGAUCUGUUGCAGAGAGCUAACAGGCAGCUGGAGGAAACCAGACGCGUCAAACCUGAUAAGAAAGCAACAGAUGAUGCAGUGAUUCAGUGUUGGGUCAUCAGGAGAAAUGUAGAGUCUGGGAUGAGGGUGUUGGAAGAUCUGGCACAGAGAGACAACGUUAGCCUGGAAGACUACAAUGAGCUGUAUUCUCUCAGAGACGCAGUAAUGCAACAGUCCCACUCAUGGAUGGUCAGUCUGUCUCAGGCCAGGGAAUCCCUUAAAGAUUACCAGUGGGCUGCUCAGGGAGCAAUAAACUUCCUCCAUAAUGCCGAGGCGACCUUCAUGUCGGCUCCCGGAAGCUUUUCGGAUUGCACCCAGGAGCAAAGACAAACCCAACAGGCUUUGGAAGCUCUUGAAAACGGCUUUCAAGCUCAUAUAAACCAUCUGAUGGAGCGAGUGCCGCAGGAACGCUGUCUCUCACGACCGGAUACCGAGCUCCUUCACAUCAAUGUCCUCAGCCAGUUGUUAGUUGGAAGAGCUGUACUGGAAGCUCAGGCAAAACUCAGAAUGGAGCGUUUGCAGAGGUGUGAAAUAAGACAGAAAACCCAUAGAAAGUGGCAUGGAGACAUUAAACAGGAAGUAUUGCAGUUUGAAGCCAAGCUUUCAGGAUGUGCAUCAGAGAAAGUCACGUCAUAUGAUGAGUGUAUCGAUCAGAAGAAGAGAGUGAAGGUUCUGAGGGAAGAUCUUCGUAACCUCGCUGGGAAGAUGUUUGACCUGAAAGCCGGAUGUCCGACGCAGGGUUGUGGCGUCGGGAAGGACGGCGAGCAUGGCGCCCUCUGGAGGCGCUGGACGGCAUUACGACGACGUUUGGGCCUCCUGUUGGUACACACAGAACAGAAGGAAGAGGAAUGGAAGGACAUCACGACAAGUGUAGAGGAGAGUUGCAACUAUUUGUCCGGUCUUCAGGCUGAACUUCCAGGCUCUUCCACUAUGAGUUUCUCUCAGGAGGAACCUCAGGAGCUUCUGGCCAAAAUCGAGCAGCAGCAGCUGGCCUUAUCAUCACUGAAGCAUCGAUUGGAGCACACUUUGGGCUUAUCCUCUUCCCAAGACGGCGUCCUCCCUGGAUCCACUGGAAAAUCCCUGGAGAAUAUGCAAGAGAGCAUCUGGAGCUUGAAAGAGAGAAACCUGCUUGUCAUGGCUGCAGCGGAGGAAGAGGAGAAAGAGAGACGGCAAGCUGAAGAAGAAAUACGAGAUGUUGAGAAAAAAGUGUUUGAGAUUUUACCAGAACUGGAAACAAGUUCAAAUCCAAGCAAAACGCAGGAGCUCCAGGAAAACGUUAUCUCUCUAAAAACCCAACUUAAACACAUCCUGGACACCUGGAGGAGCCGACAUGCAGAAAUCCCGCCAGAUAUCCGAAAAAAGAUCCAAAAUGUGGAACAAUCCGUCCAGAAAGCAGAAGAAAUGCAGCUUUUGGAGACGGACAACCCAAUCAGGAAGCUUUCACGCAGAGUCAGGGAACUGGGUUCUGGUCUGGGGAGAGUGAAAUCUUUACUGGAGCAGAAAAGUCCAACAAUCAGAGAAGCUCAAUGUGUCCUGAAGUGUGUGUGGGAUGAACUGGACGCCUGGCACAGCAGCUUGACGCUCCUAGAGAGUGAAGUGCAGGACGUUGCGGAGGACCAACCGGAUGAGGCCCAGCUUCUCAUGGACCAGCUCACAGAACCGCUGCAGCUCUAUCAGAACGCGUCCCGCCUGGCUGAGAACCGAACCGCCUUCCUCAACAAGAUUCCUGCCUGCCUGCAGGAGUUUGAAGACAUUUCUCACCGAGCGUCCUGCUGGUUGGAUGAAGCCCAGUUAUGGCUUGGCACUCAGUGCAAGUUUACAACAGCCAAAAGUCUCAGCAACCAUGUCAAGUAUUUAGAGUUGAUCCUGGAAGACUCUGACAGGAUCAGACACACCCUGCAGGUGUUUAAGUCGGGCCUGGCGGAGAUCUCUGCCGUGUGUGACGUCAGCGCUCAGGAAGAGAGGCUGGACCAAAGAGACCAACAGGUUCAGGAAAUGCAGCAGACCAUCGUCGAGCCACUCGACCAGCUCCAGCAGGCUGCUGCUAUAGUGGAAGUUGUUGAAGCUGACAUUAAGGCGAUGGAGAAAAACGUCUCGAAAUUCAGAAACAUUUUAUACUCGAUGGAUGAUGCAGACGUAACGCAGGCAGAACGUCUUUACAACUGUGAGGAGAUCCUGACGCAGAUUCAGUCGAUGCAGAAAAGUUUGGAAGACAUGGAGAGCUGGAAAGAGGAGGUCCAUCUCCCCGAAGGAGCAGAAAACCUGAUGAUCUUCUCCAAAGCCAGAAUGCUGCUUGAACAGCUGGAUGGGCUGGAACAAACCACCAGAGAGAAAACAUGUUUGCUGGAGAACAAAAAGGAAGAAGAAGAAACGACUGAGAAUCUUAAUAUUAUCUCUGAUUCAUCUGAAGAGAUGCCGCUGCUGGAGAACCCUGCACACAGACGCUUUUUCCAGGAGGCUUUGGAGGUGUAUGUUACAGAGGAAGAGGAGGAUGAAGGAGAUGAGAGUUGUCACUCUUCCUCCUCUGACACACUAACAUGCAGUUUUCCAGAGGACCUGGAGGAGACGCUCAAUCUUCCAGAUGAACGAAGGGAGGACAUGGAGGAGCAGAGUGCAGCUUAUCAGGCUGAAAACGGUCCAGACGAACCUGGAAUCAGUGUUUUACGUGUAAAAUCUGGACUUGAUGACAGUUUUGGACCCGCAUCUCCAAAACUGGGCUUGAACGCUUGCCAAACCUUUCCUUUUGAAAAAGUAGAGGAUGAUGUAAAAGACGAACAUGUUACAGGUUCAUCAGAGCAGAAAAUGGCCGACGUUGAUCCGCAAAUAAACUCGUGUUUGAUGGAAGCUGCGGUGGGAGACACCAGGCUGAUUCCUUCAAGACCCAUAACUCCUUUUUGCUCUAAAAAAACCUCAGAGGAACUGCGAGAGGAGGAAGAUAAACAUCUGUCUUCGUCCUCGGCUGACCUUUCACACCCGGGAGUGUUAAACAAACUGAAGGAGCAAAAAGAAGUCAGUCCAAGUUCAGAAUCUCAGAAAACUGAAGCAUCAUUUGGCUCUCCUGAUGAUGAUGAUGAUGAUGAUGAUGAUGAUGAUGAUGUGGAAAAUCAGCAUUGGACUCAUAUUUGCUCCCAUAUUGGGAAGAAAGUGAGCGCUUUGAGGAAAGUUUUGGAGGAGCAGCAAAACAUGAUCGGCACUCAAGACGGAGGAAAAAAGAAAACGGUUCCAGGAAAAGAGCCCAUGUCUGCAGCGUCUGUUUCCUCGGUUCUACAGCAAAUAAAAGACACAAACGCUAAGCUGAGACAAACGUUACAUGAGGUGAAGGCCUCAAGUUCUUCUCAUCCAGGAGUGAAGAAGAAGGUCAGCGAGGCAGUGCAGAGCGUCGUAACGUGUCUCGACUCGUCAGCCGACCUGCUGACCCCUGAUGAACCUUCAGCGGCGGAUCCUCGGCUGAGGCUGCUGCAGCUGGAGAGUUUAUGGGCUCAGUUGGAGCCUUUAGCUGAGCUGGUGGGUGAAGUGGAAGCGCAGAUCAAACCUGCUGUCCUGAUGCGAGAAUCAGACGCUCACAGCUGUUUGGCGUCGCUUGACGAUUUUGUCCAGGUGGUCCAGCUUCUCCUCACCUCCUCCCACAAUCGGCUGCUUGAGUGCUCAGGGCUGCAAAGCCAACAUCAGACUCUUCCCUCCUGCCAGCCUCGUCUCCUGGAUCUAUUUGAUACGGGACUUUGUGAGAUCUUCCCAAACCUGAAAGGUCCGCUCAGCUUGAAGUGUGAGCCGGGCGGAAGAGAGGAACUGCAACACGCCUCCCAAUGCUUGCUUCAGGGGACUUCUCGCCUCUUGAAACGGUGUGAAGAGAGUUUAACAGAAAAACGGACGAGCCUUAUUCCCAGCCGCAGCAAACUUCAAGCUGAUCUCUGCAGACACAAGAAACUCCUCCAGGUCCUCGGAUCCCAGCUGUCUUUUCUUCAGUACCUAUUCCAGCAUGAACCUAAUGCACUUAGCAGCAAACAGGAUGAAUGGGUACAUCUGGAAGUCAGGGCCAAAACUCUGCAGCAACAAGUUCUGGAAGAAGGAAUGGCUUCUCAGAAGAGGCUUCGGGAUUGGACCCACUGGGAGCAACUUUGUGGUCAACUUGGCAGCGUGUUGGAUGAGUCUGACGCUUUUUCUAGCGCUGCAGAACCAGAGGGAGACGAUGAGGAGGAGACGGUGGAGCGGAGGCUACAUGCCUGCAAGCGGACUCUGAUCCGGCUGGAGGAGAGCCGCUCCAUGUUGGGAUCGUUUUUGGAUCACAGGCUGGUGCUGCAGGCAGAGCCGUGGUCCGGUGCCUCGAUUGCACAGGAAGGGGGCGCUCUGGAGCUGCGAUGGAAAGGCGCCUACCGGCGUACGGAGCAAGAAAUCCUCCACCUGAGAAACAUCCAGGAAAGCAGAGCCAGAUUCCUGGCUGGCGUUGCUUCGGUCGGUGAGCGUCUGCUGGCCGCCGGCGAACACCUGAAGACUUCCUCAGACCUGAGUCAGGAAUCCGUUCAAAGGCGACUGCUGGAGCUGCUGGACGUCUCCGUGGAGGUGGCAGCCGUUUCCAAGGAAACCAGUCGGCUUGUCCACCUGAGGGACGCCGAGUAUCCCAAACUGAGAAGUCAGGUCUCACAGCUGGAGGCAAGCUGCAGCCAGCUGACCUCUGACCUUUCCAAGAUGCUGGAGCAUCUGCUGCAGCGCCUGGUGAAUGAACAGCCGCCACUAAAGCUGCUGUCUGAACUGGAGAACUGGCUGAAGGAAACGGAAACUCGACUUAGCCGGGAGAAGAAAAGCGUUCUGACGGCCAAAAAUGCAGCUGAGAUGGUUGAAAUUCUGCAGCAAUGUCAGGCGUUAAGGGCAGCUGUUGACAACUGUCAGCAACUCCUUGAUUUUAUGUCCGAGCCUGGAUCCAAAAUGGCGGGAGCAGACGUCCCGGCUCGCCGCUUGGAACGCACGACCUUCGCAGAAAACCUGGGCGGCGUCAGACAGCAGUGGCUGCUCCUGCAGAGGCAGCUGGACAGCCAGAUUCAUGAAGUUGAACACCUCCAUCACACUUGUGCAGAACGAGAGAGACUCCUGCAGAAACGGCAGGACUGGACAGAGCAGCAGAAGAAGAGGAUGAGUCAGUGGAAACGGCCCUGCAGUCAAACCCUGGCGGGCUGCGCUCUGCUGGAGUGGGAGGCUGAAGUUGCCAGAAUCCAGCAGGUUUCUGCAGAUUUGCAGGAUCUGGGAGAAGGAGGAAGAGGAGUGUGUUAUGGGAAGGAAGAGAAGCUCCUGUGUAAUGAGAUCUUCUCCGGCCAAGUGGACAGUGUGAGGCAGGCCUGUGUUGAUCUUCAUCAGCAGAUGGAAGAUCUCAGAGCGCAUCUCGAAGAGUCAGUGGAGAAGUGGAGUUGUUUCCGUAGAGCUCUGGGGGAAGUUACUUUGUUGACCACUAGGGAGCGCUGUGCCCUGCAGCAGCAGCGAACGCCUCUCUUCUCUCUGCAGCAGGCUGAAGGAAACUCAGACCGCCUGCAGCACCUCCAGGUGAAGGCGGAGGAAGACGGAGAACAGCUUUGGACGGAUGUGGACAAAUCCUGCAGGACGCUGAUGGAGACGCUGCAUGAUGCGUCAGCGCAGAUCAUUAGGGAUGAAGUAGAGGAGCAGCGAAAUGGGUGGAACAAAAUACUCCAAGAGAUAAAAGACGAGCAUAAAAACACCAAAGACAUUUUCUCCCUCUGGCUUGAAUACUCAACUCUGUCUGAGCGCUUUUCUCUUCGUUUGCAACACCUGAGGAAUGAGUGGGAGGAGUUAUCAAGUUUUUCACCUGGAAAAGAUGCAAAAACCACUGUCUGCUCCUUCAAGAGGCUGCAAGAUGCUGCUGAUGAGCUGCAAAGUGAUGCAGGAGAUGUGCUGGCAGCAUCCAAAGCUCUUCUUGGACGACUCGAACCUUUAUCUGCAAAUUUAAUCAAAUCAGAAACCAGGUUGUUGAGUCGCGAUGUCCUGCUGCUGAACCAAGCAAUAUCGGGAAAAAAGAGAAAUCUGGAGGAGGAUUUGGAGCGAGAGAGACGAUUUAAAGCUCAGCUGGAAGCACUUGAGGAACAGAUGCAGAACUCGCUUUUUAAACUGCGUGGGGGCGCAUGUGAUGCAGACACUCUGGAGCAGGUUCUUUUGGAUCUCAGUGACAUGACUCCAUCACUGGUGGACGUUAAAGAGAUGAGUGGCGACAUAAACCUCAACAACGAGGAGAUGGAGCGAGUUCAGUCCCUCAGCAGGCUGUGGGCAGAAACCGUUACCAAGGCAACAGAUGAAAACAUGCGAGACAGUUUGAUCUACAACAUAGUUUUGCAAGAUGAGCUUCAGAGCGGCUAUGAUUUUGAAGAAAAAUGUGAAAAAGUGAAAACGAUCCAGGAAUACCUGCAGCGAGAAUCACUUUGCAGAAAAGAUCUGAGUCACUCAAACCUUAGAGAGAUGCUGGCUGUCCAUCAGAAACUUCAGGUUGAGGUCAUGAAGGGGCAUCAGCUCCUCCAGAACCUCCUCUGUGACGCCCUCAACUUUAUGGAAAAACAAACUGAGGACAAAAGAUCUGAGCUCAUGGUUCGAGUGGCGUGUCUGAAGCGGAGCUGGACCGAUUCUGUGGCUCUCGCUGCACACAACUGGACCUCAACAAAGGAGCAACUGCAGCAGUGGAGAAUUUACCAACGCGGUUUGAAAUCUCUGAAGAAGCUGUUUAGAGAGGUGGACUCUCUCCUGCCCCCUAGUGGACCGGAGCUUUACACGGUGCAGCAGCUGCAGAACUUAAAUGUUUAUGAGCUUAUUGAAGAAUCUCUAGGUCUGCACUCCUCUGUCUACGCCCGGACUGUUGAAGCUGGGAAACAUUUGUGUGAAAUCGUUACAGAGUCAGAGAGUCGAACCCAACUGCAGUCAGAGCUUCAGGAUUUACAGAAAGUCUGGGAGCGAACCACCUUACUGCAAAGAAAAAAUAAAGAUCUGCUUAAUAUCACUGUCCAGAUGUGGUCUCAGAGUCAGGAAGCAACAAGCAGCAUCUCUUCUGGACUGGAGAAAGUUGACAAUCUGCUUGCAGAAAGACCGGCGGGCUCAGAGGAGGAGGCGCACAUCCAGGAGGCUGAGCUCUCUCUGCAGCGUUUGGCUGGCGGACUGAGGGAACUGGCCACCAUGAAGACAGACCUGUCCCAGUACGUGGCGGCCAGUGACUCGGCGCUGCUGGAGCAGCAGCUGGAAAUGCUCCAUGCUCAAUGGGAAGAGCUGUGCACUAAGGUGUCGUUACGCAGACAGGAAAUAGCCGACCGCCUGAAUGCCUGGACCAUUUUCAAUGGUAAAAACAAAGAGUUCUGUGAUUGGCUGACUCAGAUGGAGAACAAGGUGUGCCACAGCGCAGAUCUGAGCAUCGAGGAAAUGGUGGAGAAACUAAAAAAGGACUGCAUGGAGGAAAUCAACCUGUUCAGCGAGAACAAGAGCCACCUGAAGCAGCUGGGAGAGCAGCUGCUGUUCGCCAGCGACCAGGCCAAGCAGACCCAGGUGCGCGGCUCACUACAGGAAGUCAAUCAGCGAUGGAACAACCUCUUUCAGCACAUUGAAGCCAGGGUGAGGAAGCUGAAGGAGACUCUGGUGACGGUGCAGCAGCUGGAUAAGAACAUGAGCAACCUUCGCUCCUGGCUUUCUCGCAUCGAGGCCGAGCUUUCCCGGCCGAUCACCUACAGCGUCUGUCAUGAGAACGAGAUCCAGAAGAGGCUCGCUGAACACCGGGACCUGCAGAGGGACAUGGAGCAGCACACUGAAGGCGUAGCGUCCGUCCUCAGCCUGUGCGACGUUCUGCUGCAGGAUGAGGAUGCAGCAGGCGGUUCCGAGGCCGAGAGCGACUCCCUGCAGGAAACCAGCCGCAGCCUGGACCAACGCUGGAGAACCAUCUGUGCUCUGGCUCUGGACAGAAGACUCAGAAUCGAGGAAACUUGGACUCUGUGGUGCAAGUUCCUCAACGACUACUCCCGCUUCGAUGAUUGGCUCAAGAUGGCGGAGCGAACUGCUGCCAACCCAAACUCUGCAGAUGUCCUUUACUCUGCAGCCAAGGAAGAGCUGAAGAAGUUUGAGGGUUUCCAAAGGCAGGUUCAUGAGCGCCUGACUCAGCUGGAGUUCAUCAACAACCAGUACCGCCGCCUGGCCCGGGAGAACCGCACCGACCGAGCCAGCCAGCUCAAAGCCAUGGUCAGAGAGGGAAACCAACGCUGGGACGGCCUGCACCGCCGAGUGGCCGCCAUCUUACGCCGGCUGAAGUAUUUUACCAGCCAGCGGGAGGACUUUGAAGGCACCAGGGAGAGCAUGCUAGUUUGGCUGACGGAGUUGGACCUGCAGCUCACCGACGUGGAGCAUUUCUCCGAGAGCGACGUCCAUCAGAAGAUCCAACAGCUCAACAGCUUCCAAAAGGAGAUCAGCCUGAACUCUGAGCGCAUUGACGGGUUGAUAGUGUUUGGUGAGGCUCUGAUCCAGAAAAGUUCAGCUCAGGAUGCGGCUCUGAUAGAGGAUGAGCUGGAGGAGCUUCACUCCUACUGCCAGGAGGUUUUCAGCAGGCUGGUCCGCUUCCACCAGCGCCUCAGCCAACCUCCGAUGAUCAAAGAGGAACCAGACAUCUCUGACCUCACCGUUUCCCUGGAGUCGAGCUUGGAGCUGAUUGGUCGCCCGUGGCUGGGGCGGAGCCAGGCGAGUCUUCCAGCCACGCCCACUCACCUGCUCAGCUCUCCUUUGGAUCGUUCAGGGCGGGAGACGCCGGUGAGCGUCGACUCCCUCCCUCUGGAGUGGGACCACACCGGAGACGUGGGAGGGUCAUCAUCGCAUGAGGAUGAGGAGGAAGAGGAAGAACAGGAAGAUGAAGGGGCUUACUUCAGCGCACUCUCAGUUUCCAGCCUGUCUCUGGCUGUUCGCGAUUGUUCAUGGAGAACACCAGAAGCCACAGAAGCUCAGCCGGAUCCAGAAGGACACGCUGAGCCGCCACCCGCUCUGACCAGCACGCCUCUGAAGCAGGGUUAUCUGCGGCUCAUGUCCCAGUGCAGCGGGAGCAUCGAGAACAUAAAGAGAGUCUCUCUGAUCCUCGACGAUGAGGAGCAGCCAGAGGAGUUCGGCUUGAUGGGCCUGAAUGCCUCAGACAAACAGUCAGGUGUGAUUGAACGCUGGGAGCUGCUCCGGGCUCAGUCCAGGUGCAGCCAGCAGUCUGGCAUUCUGGAUCCUCAGCUGAUGACCUUUGACCUGGACGACGUCACUUCCUGGCUAGAAACUGUGAUCCCUGAGCUGGAGCGCCUCUCGCAGGCUGAACCUGCAGGCAGCAUAGAGGACAUGGAGGCCAGAGCCAAAGAGCUGAAGGAAAUGGAGAAAGUGUUUUGCCACUACAAGGCCAUCAUGCUGUCUGUGAACCUGCAGGCGAAGGAGGCUCCAGAAACGCAGGAGAGAGUGGCGAGAGCAAACAGAGACUGGAGCAGAGCGUGUACUGGUCUGCAGCACUGGGACCACAGCCUGAGGAGGAAGCUGAUGCGCUGCCAGGAGUUUCAUGAAACUCUUCACUCUCUGCUGCUGUGGCUCGCUCAGGCAGAGAGCAGAUGCUACAGCGUAGAUAUAAAGCAUCCAGAGACGAGCGUCAGAGCCCUGAAACAGCAGGAAGACACGCUGACGGAGCUGCAGGCGGAUCUGCGCAGCCGGCAGACUCACCAGGCAUCUCUGCAGGCCCUCUGGUCUCAGCUGCAGCCUGAAGAUGCAGCAGAGGACUGCGACGAGGCGCAGGAGAAGCUGCAUGUGACGGGCACCAAGCUGAAGCAGCUCAGGAGGAAGGUGGAGGACGACCUCCGCGCCCUGCAGCAGCGCCUGCUGGUCCAGGAUCCCGGCUGUGCAGAAGCAGACCCAAAAACAGCCUCCUCCACCCAGAGAAGAGAAUCGUCCCCACCUCGAUCGUUCUUCUCCCGCCUCCUUAGAGCCGCCUUCCCACUGCAGCUGCUGCUGCUGGUCCUCCUGCUGCUGCCCUGCCUGAUUCCUCUGUCGGACAGCGAGCCGGGCUGCACCCUGACCAACAACUUCGCCUGGUCCUUCUACCCCAUGCUGCACUACACCAACGGCCCGCCGCCCACCUGACGGCAGCUUGUUUCCAACGAAAGACAUUUCCCAACAAAACAUGGGUGACUUUUCAGGAAAAUGUUUUAAAGACGACCUAUUGUGCUUCCUUGAACAGAUUAAGAUAAACAAAACAUGAUCACUGUCA